AUGGAGCGCCAUAGGGCGGCCGUUCGGCUCAUCUCUUCCACGAUCCGGUCUUACUUUGAUCGUUCUCUGCCCUACCGGAUCAGCCAUGGUUCCACCAACUCGACCCGGCCUGCUCACCUCAAGAAGUCUGCGCACUUGGUAGACAUUUCGGCCUUGAAUCAUGUUCUCGAGGUGAACAAAGCCCGAAAGACCGCUCUGGUCGAGCCCAACGUUCCAAUGGACGCGUUUGUGGCCGCGACGCUGCCGCAUGGUCUCGUCCCGCCUGUCGUGAUGGAAUUCCCAGGUAUCACGGCCGGUGGUGGCUUUGCUGGCACAGCGGGAGAGAGCUCAAGUUUCAGACACGGCUACUUUGACGAGACGGUCAAGAGCGCCGAAAUGGUCCUGCCAGACGGCGAGGUCGUCAACAUUACGCCCAACGACAAGGGCAAGAAUGCCGACCUGUGGAAGGGCGCCGUGGCGAGCGUGGGCACACUAGGUGUCACGACCAUGUUGGAGGUUGGUCUGGUGGAGGCCAAAAAGUUUGUGCGCACCACAUAUCGCCGGACGGGAAGCGUGGCCGAGGCGAUCAAGGUAGUCAAGGAGGAGUGCGCCAAGCCGGAAAAUGACUAUGUCGAUGGAAUCCUCUUCUCAAAGGACCAUGGCGUCAUCAUCAGUGGCGUCAUGACAGACGAGGCCCCCAAGGCUGGAGAGGCCAUUCAGACAUUCAGUGGACCCUGGGACCCGUGGUUUUACCUCCAUGUGCAGGAUGUUACCAAAGCGCUGCCCUCGUCGGACGGUGCCACAUCAAGCGAGGGCGCAGCCGUAACUGAACACAUUCCCCUUGCCGAGUACUUGUUCCGCUACGAUCGUGGCGGUUUCUGGGUCGGAGCUGCCGCCUUUGACUACUUCAAGCCCGUUCCAUUCACCCGUUUCUUCCGUUGGUUCCUUGAUGACUUUUUGCACACUCGUAUGCUUUAUCGUGCGCUUCACGCCAGUGGAGAGAGCGCCAAGUUCUUUGUACAAGAUCUGGGACUGCCAUAUGAGACUGCAGAGGAGUUUAUUGAUUAUACAACCGACUCUCUUAACAUUUGGCCAUUGUGGUUGUGUCCACUCAAGACGCCUAGUGGACCUACUUUCCAUCCUCAUCUCCGCGGCAAGGGCGCUGGUGAGAUGCUCAACAUUGGCGUCUGGGGCUGGGGACCAAAGGACAGACAAGAGUUUGUCAAGGUGAACCGUGCUCUGGAAGCUAAGGUUAAUGAGCUCGGUGGCAUGAAGUGGCUAUACGCACACACCUACUACAGCGAGUCUGAAUUCUGGGAGACAUAUGGCAACCGGGAGCACUAUGAGGAAUUGAGAAACAAGUACAAGGCCACUAGCCUUCCCAAUGUGUACGACAAGGUCCGAGUCAAGGACGCCCCGCCGGAGCAAGGCUGGAAGGCAUGGGUCAAGAGUGUCUGGCCUCUCGGAGGCUUGGUCGGCAUUGUCAGAGGCAUCCAGAGCAAAGACUACAUGUUGCACCGCAACGCGCCAUGGAAAUGGAAUGGCGAGGGCAAGGAGAAGACGGAAUAG